AUAACGUCUUUAGAAAAAAAAAAAAAAAACAAAGACCCAAAAGGAGAACCUACAAGAGCUUGUUUCUUGCUACAAAACUCACAGAAAUGAGACAAAAUGGAUUAACUAUUGCUGACUAUUAUUAACGUUAUUUUAUAAAAUUAUCACCCUUUUCCUUACCAAAUCCUUGGCGCUAGCGUAGCGCGUGGAAACGAUUCAAAUAUCAAGUUCGCAGAGUUCAAAACGUUGCAUUCAACUGUUAGUGAAUGUGUGCGGAUUUUUAUUUUAACGCUGCGACAGAUGUUAGACGGCUCAAGCGCGAACAGGCAGGUUUCAUGUGGGUCGUGCAUAACAACACUUUACCGUCUUCGGCUCUGGAGCAACACUGAUUGCUCAACUUCCCCGAAAACAGAGCAUAGAGACCCAGUCAGAGAGAGUCAUCCCAGUGCAUGACCUUCAAAACAGCCCACAGACUCUAAACGGGAGCCUGUUUCCUACAAAUCUCUCUACAAGCAAAAGUCUCCUUCUCUCUGAGCACCAGAAAAUCUGCGCAGAAGGGACAACAAGUUAAGUAACUCAUGGAAGAAGCUGCACUGAGUCAAUCACGAGAGCCAAAGUGACUCAUUCUGCUGCAGGAAAUCUCUGGUGCAGAGGGGAGAUGCUGCUGAUGCUGGUGUCCCUGCUCUGCUGUGUCACUGCAGCCAAGGCCUGUCUGCAGUGUGACCGCAGCAUCAGGAUGAUGCACGAGGACUUCAUACUGUCUGCUUCCACUGUGCAAGACCAGAUCGACUUGAAAAAAAUUUGCGAUCAAGCCUAUGUGACCUACAUAGAGACCAGUCAGGAACGAAAGGGGGUCAUUGAUCCCACUACACUGUACAGAGCCAAAACUGAGUACCAGAGUGAAUUUGAUCGAUUCCUGAAGGCCAAGCACACUGGAUCUAUAACAUUUGAAGCUAUUCAGAUCAUGGAGAAAGGCAGGAAGAUAUUAGCGAAACAUCUGGAUGCCUUUAUCCCCAAUGAAUUAUGCCCCAACAUCUGUGGGCUUCUACAGAGAAGAGUAAUGGAUUGCCUCUCUUGCCGCUACAAGGUAUACGUCUGUCCUUCUCCGACUGACCAGCAGGACUGUGGUGAGUAUCCGGUGCUGGCUGAGGAAGGAGGCCAGGCUGUGUUGAACUGUUUUCUUCCGUGGCACACUCUUCUAUUGGGUACACCAGAGUACCACUACUCCUGGGUGCCAGGACCAUCAGGAACUGAAAAGAUGGAUGAAAGUGACUUCAAGGUCUUGGUAGUGACAGACGACUCACAUGUUGUCUUGAAUCAGCUGCGUUUGGAUGAAGAAGGAACAUAUCGCUGCUCUCUGCAGGACCAAAUUGGAACCAUCUUCUAUCAAGCCAUUUUCCCACUCACUGUCAUACCUUUGCCUCGCCAGACUCCCCGGCCUUUAGUCAGUCUGCCCUCCCUGUCUCAUGGAGACAGCUACUCACUUUUUCAGCCUACAGAGGACCUGCUCGUGCCACUCAUUGCUGUGGUUACUGCUCUCAGUCUGACAGCAAGCGUAGGCCUCACGGUUGUCCUGAGAAUGAUGAUGACUCGGCAGAGAGCAGCAACAGAGCUGAGGAGCAAGAAGGGAAACGGCACAGAAAACACGGCGUGAUAACUGAACUCAGUACAGUAAAAACAUGCUUUAUAACAGGAAGGUUUUUCCUCACUUCACGUUUUGUGUUUUGUUUUGCGGUGAAAUGAAUUUCCCAGCAGAAAGUGCCGUGUCAUUUCUAGAAAUUACAUGGAAGUGAGAACACAUUUUGGCAACAUGCAAAUAAGAGUCAGUGAGGCAAAACAUCGCACAGGUGUGCUGUUUAUGUCUGAGAUCUCGGUCACAAAACAAAAUGUUCACGGUGUAAUAAGACCAGACUGUGCAAGACAAACUCCCAGCUGAACGCCAAAAUGCAAAAAUUCCCCAGAAACCCUUCAACAUUAAGCAGCAAUUCACUAGAAGACACUGAUCUGUCUCGGCAAGCCCCCCCCUUGAAUGAAGUGAUGCCAUUAUCACGUGGGCGUUUAUGAGAGAAGUCAGGGAUGAGGUAAAUCUCCAGGAUUACAGUGUUUUUUAGAGAUUAAUAACCUCAGACAUCCAAUUAAUCCUGGAUAAUCCCCUUGUGGGGGGGGGGGGGGGGUCAAAGUAGGCAGCAGAUGUUUUCAUCAAAGGUUCUACUAAUGUUUAGUUACUCAUAUAUUCAUUCAGAAAGACAAAGUAAGGGCUUUUUUUUUUUCUUUUUUUGCAUUAUUACUCAUGUUUCAGUCAUUCUGUUUUCUUAAAACACCAUCGCCAGACUUGAUGAUAUCAGCUGCUUUGGAUUUAAAUACAGUCUGUUUACUCUUCACGCAAGUUUUGUCACGAUCUCAACGGCAAUUCUGCAAGUCUAUCAUGUAUCAUUUAUCUAUUUAUGGCUGUGUUUCUGUUUUGUGUGUGUGCUAGCAGCAUGCUGAGGGAUGUUAGUGUGAAGCCAAAUUUCCUGUGAAAAGGCGGUAAGGAAUCAUCGCCAACAUAAACAGAUUCAAAGAGGGUAAUGACCUGCUAACAAAGAUAAAGAAACGUUGAAAAAGAAAAUGAAAACAGUUGAUAAUGAAUGAGUCACCGCCACUUGGAAGUCACCGGUGAAUCGUUGCUCAGGUUUUCAGGGUGAUUUCUGAUGAGUGGGUUUUUUAUCUUUGGAUGUUAGUUUGGGUUAUGAGCAAAGACAUAUGUAAGAAAGGUUGCGACAGCGUGAGGGUGUGUGUGUGUGUGUGUGUGUGUGUGUGGAGGCUGAGAGGCUGUGGUCUGCAUGGAUGGUGACAGGAUGUAUGUGUGGUGCUGUUUCCUGUCUGGCUCGCUGACAUGGGGGCGAAUGCUGAAAAAAACAAAAAUCUAUAAGACACCCUCAUGCACUCAUGUCAGAGUCUUACAACUCUGCGGGUUUGUGUGUGUGUGUGUGUGUGUGUGCGCGCGCGCGUGUGUUAAACCUAAAGUGCAGGUUGAGGCUAGUAUAAAUGCGUGCUCAGCGACUUCACUGACAGCCGUGAUGAACUGUGUUGUGUGAGUGUUGGUGUGUGCCUGCUGCUGUGGACUGAAAUUGCAGCCUCAGCAGGGAGAGGGAAUGACAAAGUGGGAGCACUACUGGAGGAACAGCAGGCAGCAGGAGCAAGGGGAGGGUGAGAAGGGAAGUGAGAACAAGAAGAAAGUGGAGUCAGAGGUUUGAGUGGGAGAGAUCUGUGGGAGGCCAGGCUUAUUUUAAUGUGGGGCAUGAGGAAACGAGGACAAAGACGUCAGAUUACGCCUCAUGAUGAAAACCUACCCACACUACACACAAUAUAUUUUCACAUGAGUGGUGUAGUAGGGGAAGGACCUCCAGACUGCUGUCUUCACUGCCAUAACAACUUUUAUUGAAAGCUACUUGAAUAAGAGCAUUAAGAAGACCACCUUUGAGCCUCUAAAAGUUGAUUUUAGAGCUCAGGUAUUUGUCAGUAAUUCAAUAUUCACAACUAAAUAGGUAAAAUACUUAGAAUAAUAAGCUAGCUAUUGUUCAUUAAGAGAUUAACACUCGUGAAACAAAUGUGUUUGUAUGGUGUGAUCAGAUCUGACUGAUAGUGGCUAACACAUUCACUUACCAGUCAUACCACUGAGCCCCCUGAACUACUUCAAGCUGCUGAGAUAAUGACAGGAAAAUACAGAAAUUGUUAACACAAACUCCAAAGUUCACGUAGGUCCCCCAACACUCAUCUGGAAAGAUCCCUGGAGGUCACCGAGAAAUACCAACAUGGUGUCCUGACUAUAACCAAUGAGCAUGCAUGCCAUCCAUCUCCUGCUCAUUACUGAUCUUUGAAAUUUAAUGAAAAGGUAAAAUUAACUGUGUUAAAUUUAAAAGUGGGCCGUGGCAUUUUUUUUCUUCACUAGCCUGACUUCCAUCUAAUCUGUGGCUUUUCUUGUUGAGGACUGUGCUUUUAAGAUACUGUUAGUCUGAAAGUACGUCAUAUUUUUUUAAAGAUACAGUACUGUGCAUGUUCUGUCCUUCUGCAAUGCCCUUCUACUCAGUUGAGCACUUGAAGUGCUUUCUUACUACAACUUUCAUUCACACAGCACUUUUAACUAUGCCUGAGCAAUUUUCUAACAUUCAGACACGCACGCUCACUGAUGCGUUGAUGUGUUGGGUGAAACUCGGAGUUCAGUAGCUUACCCAAAAAUAGUUUGACAUGUGGGCUGGAGGAGUCAGAGGUCAAUCCCCUGUACCACUGUACCACCAGAGCCACAGCCACAAUUAAGCCAGCAAUAAGUUAAAUAUAGUUACCUUCAUACUAAAUAUUCACUCAAUUUCAGAUAAGGCUUAAUUUAUAUUUAAGCAACUUUUAAAAUCUACUUCGCCCAACUUUUCAGUGGUAACUUGUGUUUUUUUAGUAAUUUUAGUGUUUAUUUUCAAAUUUUUGUGCAAAUAAACUAUGCUUAUAAUAAUUCAAAGGCAGCAGAUUCUGAUUAUUUUAUCAGGAACGAUAACAGAGAUAACAGGGUUAAAUGAUUAUGUUACUUUUAUUUGUAGACUGUGACACACACGUGACAAAUAAAUAAACCAUAGAAAUGUUCUUUAAUAAUACUGUAUGUUUUUAGCAUAUGCUUGGAGUGUUUGUUUUUAUAAUGUACAGCAACACGGUUGCAAAUUGGUGCUAGCAUUAGUGUUUUCUCAGAAAAAGAUGGCAGCUGUAGAAUGUACUGGACUGUGAAAGUCAAAGGUAAAUGUAGUUCUGUAAAUAAAGGAAGGAAACUUCAUUUGCCUUCUUUUGGUGAUAUGGGUAACAGGGUUGUAUUGGUUAGAGUGACACACUCAGUCCAGCCAGAAAAGGGCUGGAAAAGUACAGAAUGUGUCAAAGAGGACUGAACUUUGGUCUGCCCGCGUUGUUAGCGCAGGAAUCGAUCGUGCUACUUCCCUUUUGUCAUGUCACUCACUGGUCUCUUUCUCUGCCAGGCUAAAUAGGUUUCAGUAACAGGGUUACACAUAUGUUAUGGGACACAAUUUGCAGUGUGUAAUUAUUGGUCUUUGAAAUAUGCUGAGAUUAAAUGAAUUAGAGAUGUAUAAACAAACAAAAUGGGUUCUAAAUGUAUUUUAAUGGUUAUAUUUGAUAUGCGAUUUGGUUAUGAAGAUGUUGGGACAAGAGAAAAAUGUCUUUUGGGGGUGUUUCUCAAUUUUGAACAAUAUAUUGGAACAGCUUUUUUUAACAACUAGGUUUACAUUUUCUUGAAAGACGGAUGUAAUUUACACAACAAAUGUAUAUAUUUUGUUUUAUGUAUGUUUUGUGCAUGGAUGAUUUUCAAAUUCUUGGGUACACCAGAAAAUGUCCUGCAAUUAUAGA